AUGCGGCACCAUUCACCAGGGAUCAAUCCUGGGCCCGUUACUGUUUACCCUAUACCUCUUGGUAACAUUAUUAGAAAUCAUGGUAUUGGGUUUCAUUGUUAUGCAGAUGAUACACAGUUGUACAUAUCUGUUAACCCUGAUGAUAUAUCACUGCUAUCUCGGUUAGAAGACUGUCUAUUAGAUAUCCAGUGCUGGAUGGCAAAAAAUUUCCUUAUGUUAAACACAGAAAAAAUAGAAGUUCUGGUAAUUGGUCCCAAGGCUGCUAGAAAUAAGUUCCACCACCUCAACGUUGGUAACCUUCCUACACAACCUAACAUGGUAGUUAGAAAUCUUGGCGUUCUUGUCGAUUCAGAUCUAUGCUUUGAUGCUCACAUAAGAAGUAUUACUAGAACUGCAUUUUAUCAUCUACGGAACAUAGCCAAGCUUCGUAAGAUGCUCUCACUUAAUGAUGCAGAAAAACUAAUACAUGCCUUCGUAAGUUCCAGACUGGAUUACUGUAAUGCCCUCCUAUCGGGUUGCCCGUCUGGAUCCUUGCAUAAACUUCAGAUGGUACAGAAUGCUGCAGCCAGAGUUCUAACAAACACUAAAAAAUUUGAUCAUAUUACACCGGUCUUAUCCUCUCUUCAUUGGCUGCCAGUUAAGUCUCGAAUUGACUAUAAAAUACUGCUAUUAACUUAUAAAGCACUAAAUGGCCUUACACCAGAAUACCUUAGUGAACUGCUGACCACAUACAACCCUCCACGCUUGCUUCGCUCUCAAGCCAUGGGAUAUCUGUUAGUGCCUAGGGUAGAAAGAGCUACGGCAGGCUGCAGAGCUUUCUCCUACAAAGCUCGUCAGCUGUGGAAUGGUCUUCCACCGGAUGUGCGGGUUUCAGGUUCACUCUCAAUAUUCAAGUCCAGACUAAAAACACACCUGUUUAGUUUAGCGUAUAGGGACACUAGUUCUAGCCCUAGCUAACUCUUCACUCCCAGUCAGACCUGUAGUGUGAGGUGUAGAGCUGGGUGGGGAUCGGUGCCAUUGGCUUUGGAUGAACUGGAUUGUCAGUACUGUCACUCUAGCUUUGCAAUCUCUUGUGGAACUGGAGUGCUGACAUUUCAGGGACUCCCCAUGCCGGCAUUCCCACUUGCCUCUCCCUCCUACUGAUGCUGCCAUAGCCAUAUCUGCCGGAGCUUGCAGAUUGCACUUCAUAUUGUACUCACCUAGCUUUUAGCACUGCCAAUAGCCUCCUCUACUAUGCCUAAUUGUACGUUUUAUUUCCCCUACUCCUCCUGGGGGGUGAUGCCUGGAGACCUCAAUCUAUCAAGAUAUCCAGCACACCCGACCACCACCAGUGACGUCCCUGCAUCCAGCUCGCCGUUCUGAUCUUCCAUGUAUGACCCGCUGCCUUACCUCUGGUUGCCUGGCAAUUGGAAGAAGACUUGGCUUCGGCAUUGGCUUAUCAUCUACCUUGCUCUCCUCUCUCUAUUUGACUAUCCCUGCCGGCCCCUGGAGGAUGGGCUCCCCCUUUGAGUCUGGUCCCUCUCAAGGUUUCUUCCUUCUAGGGAGUUUUUCCUUGCCACUGUCGCCUAUGGCUUACUCACUCGGGGCUUUGGGUGAGGAUACUGUAAAGCGCUUUGAGACAAUGUAAUGUUGUGAUAAUGCGCUAUAUAAAAAUUAAUUUGUUGUUGUUGUCGUUGUCCUGGAAGCAAUGGGCAUGAGGCAGGGAACAACCCAGGAUGGGGGGCCGGCCCAUCGCAGGGCACACUCACACACCAGUCACUCACAUAUUGAAUUGUAUAUUGAAUUUAGCAAGUCCAAUUAGCCUCAGCAUGUUUUUGGACUGUGGGGGGAAACCGGAGUACCCGGAGGAAACCCCACGACGACAUGGGGAGAACAUGCAAACUCCAUACACAUGUGACCCAGGCGAAGACUCGAACCCGGGUCCCAGAGGUGUGAGGCGAGAGUACUAACCACUGCCCCACCAUGCGGCCCCCUAAUAAGAAGCAGUAACUGAUAAAAGAUUUAAUUUAUUUUACAGUUUUGUAUAUUGAAUUCUGAUGGUGCUUUUGCCUCCAGUGAGUCACUAGAGCUAAUCAGCUGAGCCCAGAUCAAACUGCUUCAGUGUUUAUUUGCAGUAUAUGUCCUCAUGCGCUUUUGUGCUGAACCGAUUCUGUCCACUGGCGUUAGGUGUAUCCUCCGCAUAAACACCCCUAGCAGUGAGAACUGUCACAAGUAUGUGAGUAGGUACCUUUUAUCAUUUAGGCGCAUGACAUAUGGGAAGCUUAUUGCUUCUGAAAUGCUUGAUAUCAGGAUUGUGGGGAUCUUGUACCGUAUUAGUUUUAGGUGAAACAACCUCUUGUUUACUUUUGUUUGUUAGCUGCUACACAUCAUAUAAGAGCCACCAAAGGGGAGCAGGUGGAAAAUGGACAUGUAUGAUUCCUUUGAUGUGAUACAUAGCGAUUCAUAAUUGUGCUCAGUAAACAAGGACUAAAUGUUCUCGGACUUAUUUCUUCCAAAAAUACAGAAAGAAAAUUCAUUUCUUUAAAUUGAAUCAGCAAAAAAAUUGUUUGUAUCUUUUUUUAUAAACACGCCUUCUUCAGGCACUUUGGAGGCUGCCUAUUUGAUAGAUGGCAGCAGGCAGCAGGCAGGACAGCCUAAAACCACAAUUUCAUAAUGAAAUUUCAUAGUUUACAUCUCUGCACUUUUUAUUUAUUAUCCCAGCACUACUUACUUAUUAUCUCUG